ACUUUUCAUCUCGAUGCGCCUGGAAAACGUGACGCAUCACUUCCAUUAUGAGCGCGCCAGACGCGCGGCUACAUUUGAAAUAACUGACUUGCGCACGGAAAAAAACGCGAUAUGUGAACGGCCCCUAAUUCGGUGUUCAAGUGCUGUCUGAAAUGCGCCUCUCUCUUUCUGCGUGCACAUGCGCUUCGGGUGUGGCGCAGAUAACAACUCACGGGUCCUGAUUUUCGCCUCUUCCGCUUUUAAAACUGUUUGAAUAUGUUAAUUAGAGAGACAAAACACUUCCAAAUGAUAAACUUUCACCUUUAUGAUGGUUAAACUUAACAGUUAAUGUGCGAAUCAAAUGCGUGCCGAACCGUUGGACCAUAUCCGUAUGGAUCACGGAUUAACCGCGAUCCGUUGCACCCCUAAUAGCCUAAUUAAAGAACACACUUAUCAUCAUGAUUGCUAUCUUAUCAGAGAUGGAGAAAAGUCCUACUCCAGUAAGUAAACGCGUCCCUGUAAGCCGAUCCCCAAAAAUGUUACUCAAAAGCGCUUCCCUCCAUGUUUUCUGGUGCACAUUGUUUAUUUUUACCACGCAUGCACAACUGCGCACCACUUGUGUGCACCCCUGUAUGUAUGGUAACACUUUAGUUUAGGGUCCAGUUUUCACUAUUAACUUAUUAGCAUGCAUAUUACUAGAAUAUUGUCUGUUUAUUACUACUGAUAAAGCACACAUUAAUGCCUUUUUCUGCAUGACCAUAUUCUACAUCCCUGAAUAUACCCAAUAGCUACAUUUAACACGAUUUGUGUGGUUUUUGCAACUAGACCAGAACACAUGAGAGGAUAAACGCAUAAGUGCGUGCUGAGCGUAUAUAACGAGCUGACAUAAAAAGCUCGAUGUUCCCUCAUCUCAUUUGAAAAGUAUCGGUGAACGAAUGAUGCAUAAACGCACUGACUCGAGCAUGAAAUGAACGCUCAGAUGAGAAUAAUGUGUGUGAGAGCAACAUCUGCGCUGACGAGCCCCUGAUGUCCGAGCCGCGCGCUCACUGUACAUGGGAAUGAUGAGCUCAGUGGUUUCCGCAGUCAAGUUUGGCUCUGGAAUUUCAAACGCACGCACUGUACGUCACCGAGAGGCAAUCCCUCACCGAAAUGAUUCAGAAGAUCACUGAAAAAGCAGAAGAAUCAGGUUAAAGCUCCACAAACCGAACCAAGGUAAUUCAUAUCAAAGUAUUAGGCUAGCAAGUUUAUGAAUGAUUAUGAUUAUGCACAUGUAGGAUUAUGUAGCCUCUAAGUUAGGACAAGCAGCCUAACUGCAUUCAUGCGCUCGGAUGUUUAAGAGCGACGAGCAACUCACAAGAUUUGAAGACCGUUGCACUGAAAACUGUUUUCUUGUUAGGGGGUGCCUUGCUCUGAAUCUGGGUGUAAUUCUCAUUUUCACCUUAAGGAUGUGUUAGCUACUGACGGCAUCCCUCAGUUCCAGAGAGGCUGUGGGGAAAGAGGACUGUGAGACUGUCCUGUGGUCCUGCUUGCAGAUUCAAUCCCCAUUUCUUGCGGAUUUCAGUUCAGUUACCAGCGUGUGAGUCUCGCGGUUCUAUUCAUCGAGGAAGAGUCAUGGAUAAUUCAUAAACGUGCAAACCGCUGGAUUAUUUUCAUUCAUAUGGUUGAACUUAAAGGAUUCGUCGGUGGGAAUAAUUAUCCAUAUUUCCAACCUGGCUGGUGAGAGGAGGACUGUUGCAAUGUCAUCCCAUUCAACAUCUUUGGAGCUUUGUGGAAGAGGGAUGCUGGAAUGAAGUCGAGCACUAUGGGGUUUUCCAGGUUGGUUCUUCUGACUCUUCCAGCUCUCCUUACCCUCAUCAGCGUCUCACAUGCGGCAGAGAAAGUGCCCAUACUGAACAUUGCCGUGAUCCUCGGUCAAACACGCUACAUCUCCGAUCGAGAUAUACGGGCUCUGUGGAGCAAAGAUGAUCCCAUUGACGUCAACGUGGUGACCCUGCUGGUGAAUGAAACAGACCCCAAAAGCAUCAUUACCCAUGUGUGCGAUCUCAUGUCUGGGACUAAAAUCCAUGGGGUGGUGUUUGGGGACGGCACUGACCAGGAAGCCAUCGCCCAGAUUUUGGAUUUUAUUUCCUCUCAGACUUUGAUACCCAUCCUGGGGAUCCACGGGGGCUCAUCCAUGAUCAUGGCGGAUAAGGAUGUGAAAUCAACAUUCUUCCAGUUCGGGGCCUCUAUCCAGCAGGAGGCACUGCUCAUGCUUAACAUCAUGGAAGAGUAUGACUGGCACGUCUUCUCCAUAGUGACCAGCAAGUUCCCAGGCUACCAGGAUUUCAUCACCAUCCUUAAGACAACGGUUGACAACAGCUUUGUUGGUUGGGACCUCCAGCACACCAUCACUCUGGAUGCCGUGGACGGGGACUCCAGGACCCAGAUCCAGUUGAAGAAGGUGCAGUCUCCAGUCAUCCUCUUGUACUGCUCCAAGGACGAAGCAGCUUACAUCCUGGAAGAGGCCCGUUCGCUGGGCUUGACCGGGUUUGGGUACAUCUGGAUUGUGCCCAGCUUGACCACAGGCAACCCAGACAUCACUCCAGAUACGUUCCCCUCUGGAAUGAUCUCUGUAUCCUAUGAUGACUGGGACUAUCCUCUUGAGGCACGGGUUCGAGAUGGGCUUGGGAUUAUAACCACAGCAGCUGCAGCCAUGUUGGAAGAGUUUGGGGACAUCCCUGAGGCCAAAACCAGCUGCUAUGGCCAAAUGGAGAAAACCAAGUUGCCGCCCAGCGCCUUACACAAGUACAUGAUGAACGUGACCUGGGAUGGCAGAGAUUUGUCCUUCACCGAGGACGGUUACCAAGUGCAUCCCAAACUGGUGGUGAUCGUGUUGAACAAGGACAGAGAGUGGGAAAAGAUGGGCAAAUGGGAGAACCAGAGUUUGACCUUGAAAUAUCCGGUGUGGCCUCGCUUCAACUCUUUUGGAGAUGCAGAGACGGACGAUAAUCACUUGACCAUUGUAACGCUAGAGGAGAAGCCUUUUGUCAUCGUGGAGAACGUGGAGCGCCUCACAGGCACCUGCAUGAGAAACUCUGUGCCCUGCCGCAAACACAUCAAAGACAACACCACCGAGGGAGGAGGAACGUACAUUAAAAAGUGCUGCAAAGGCUUCUGCAUCGACAUACUCAAGAAAAUUGCUCGGAAUGUGAAGUUCACCUAUGACCUUUAUCUAGUGACCAACGGGAAGCACGGGAAGAAGAUCAACAACGUGUGGAACGGCAUGGUGGGAGAGGUGCUGACCAAAAAAGCAGUCAUGGCCGUGGGCUCCCUGACAAUCAAUGAGGAGCGCUCAGAGGUCAUCGAUUUCUCCGUCCCCUUCGUGGAAACAGGGAUUAGUGUGAUGGUAUCCCGUAGCAACGGAACCGUCUCUCCAUCAGCAUUUUUAGAGCCCUUCAGUGCGUCUGUGUGGGUGAUGAUGUUUGUGAUGCUGCUUCUGGUGACUGCAAUGGCUGUCUUCAUGUUUGAGUACAUCAGCCCCCUGGGCUUCAACAGGAACCUCGCUCAGGGCAAAGACCCCCACGGACCAUCUUUCACCAUGGGGAAAGCAGUGUGGCUGUUGUGGGGCCUGGUAUUUAACAACUCUGUGCCCGUGCAAAACCCCAAAGGCACCACCAGUAAAUUCAUUGUGUCCGUCUGGGCCUUCUUCGCUGUCAUCUUCUUGGCCAGUUACACUGCUAACCUGGCUGCCUUCAUGAUCCAGGAGGAAUUUGUGGACCAAGUGACAGGUCUAAGCGACAAUAAGUUUCAAAGCCCCUACUCCUACUCCCCUCCUUUCCGCUUUGGAACGGUCCCAAACGGCAGCACAGAGAGAAACAUCCGAAAGAAUUACCCUGACAUGCACCAGUACAUGGUGAAGUACCAUCAGACCGGGGUGAACGACGCACUGGUCAGCUUGAAGACCGGCAAACUCGAUGCCUUCAUAUAUGACGCAGCUGUGCUGAACUACAUGGCCGGUAGGGAUGAGGGCUGUAAACUAGUGACCAUUGGCAGUGGCUACAUCUUUGCUACCACUGGCUACGGCAUCGCCCUGCAGAAAGGGUCGCUUUGGAAGCGCCCGGUGGAUCUGGCCAUUCUUGCUAUUAUUGGAGAUGGUGAGAUGGAGGAGUUGGAGGCUCAGUGGCUGACUGGGAUCUGCCACAAUGAGAAGAACGAGGUAAUGAGCAGCCAGCUGGAUGUGGACAACAUGGCUGGAGUGUUCUACAUGCUGGCGACCGCAAUGGGUCUCAGCCUCAUUACCUUUAUCUGGGAGCACCUGUUCUACUGGAGACUCAGAUACUGCUUCACUGGCGUUUGCUCUGGCACUCCCGGCUUGCUCUUCUCCAUCAGCAGGGGUAUAUGGAGUUGCAUUCAUGGUGUCCAUAUCGACAUGAAGAAAAAGUCAUCUGACCUGGACUUCAGUCCACAGUCCAACAUGCUUAAGCUUAUCAAGUCCGCCAAGCAGAUGACUAAUAUGACCAAUCUCAGCGGCUCCAGGAUCAACUCUCCUAAACGUGGCGGUGAGUUCAUGCAUUCGGCAAGCCCCAUGAUCAUGGAUAUGAUGGCGGAGAAAGGGAACUUCAUCUACACUGACAAUCGCAGCUUUGCCCAAAAGGAUAUCUACGGGGACUCCAGCGACUUGCAGGCAUAUCUGUCCAACCGCCAUAAGGACCAUCUGAACAACUAUAUCUUCCAGGGUCAGCAUCCCCUCACCCUCAAUGAAUCAAACCCUAAUACUGUGGAGGUGGCAGUGAGCGCAGACACAGCCCAGACCAAUGCGAAACCCCGAGCUCUGUGGAAGAAAUCUGUGGAUACUUUGCGUCAAACUCAGGUGCCUGAGACCCUAGACCCCCGUUUGUCCAUGAAGAGUCAGAGGUACCUGCCAGAGGAUGCUGCACACUCGGAUAUCUCUGACUGCUCAAGCAGGGCCACCUCCUACAAGGAUCCAGAUAAUAACAAGCACCUGAAGCCCAAGGACAACUUAAAAAAAAGAUCGAUGACGUCAAAAUACCCUAGGGAUUGCAGCGAAGUAGAGCUGUCCUACUUAAAAAAUAAGCAGGGCGGAGCGGGCCGGGAGAAAAUCUACACCAUAGACUCUGACCGGGAGCUGAGUCUGCACUCAGAGCCACAACACUACAGGGAAGGCAGAGGCCUUACAACCGACGAUUUGGAUUUUGGUGAAAUUUACUCAGACCACAACGACAAUUAUAGGAAAUGCGACCAGCCCAUCAUCCAUCUCAACAGCAGCCCCCUGCAUCAAAGCGAAUCUGACCUCCUGCCUGACAACGUCUACAACAAACACUACAGCUUGAAGGAGAAGAACCUCAGUCCGCACGAAAGCAACGACCGGUUUAAACAGACUCACUGCCGGAGCUGUCUUUCCAAGGUGCCCAACUACAGCACGGGGCCGUAUGCUGCUGUACGCUCGCCAUAUAACCGGUGCGAGGCGUGCAUCCACAUGGGCAACCUGUACGACAUCAGCGAGGACCAGAUGCUGCAGGAGGCCAUGAUGAGCCCUAGCAUGCACCACGAUGACAUGUUCAGUCACUACUGGCCUCAGACGGACGGGCCACACGUACAGAGGAGGAACAGACUGAGGCUCAGCCGUCAGCACUCCUUUGACAAUAUCAUGCUCGAGAAGCCCAAAGAGAUUGACCUGAACCGGCCGGCGCGGAGCGUCAGCCUAAAGGAGAAGGACCGCUUCCUGGAGGACAGCCCUUAUGCAAACAUGUUUAACAUCAAGGCUGACAAACUGUUCGGCAGCAGGUCCAUGCUCUUUAACCGAAACCUGGAGGAAAGCAAGCGUAGUAAGUCACUUUACCCCGAUCACCCCUCGGACAACCCCUUCAUGCAGUCUAUACGGGACGACACUCGCCUGGUCCACGGCAGGAGCUCCUCAGAUAUUUACAAACAGUUGGCUCCCAUCAAAACCAGGAACGAGAACAAUCUGAGGUCCUCCGUGAAAUCCACCACUUCAUACUGUUCCAGGGAUGGUCGAAUACCCAAUGACAUGUACAUUUCAGAGCAUGUAAUGCCUUAUGUAGCCAACAAGACUAGUGCAUACUCAGCUCCCCGGGUUCUCAACUCUUCUCAGUUUAGCAAUAGACGAGUGUAUAAGAAAAUACCUAGUCUCGAGUCAGAUGUUUAAUGCUUUUUUGUGUAGUUGAACUAUUUACUCACUUAGAAUGCCACAGUCACCUACAUCUAUAAAGUACCCGAGAUAUCGCUCUUCUUAUACGGGCGCUUUCCAAAGGUUUUCAGCAUUUUAAGAUGCCUUCUGGGCGUAAGCCAAUAAAAAGUGGUCCAGCAUGGAAGUUGUUCAUUAUCCCCCACACUUGGCCUAGUGCUAGUGUGUACUCAAAACGCUGAGUGCUAGGACAGAUGUACUGCUUCAAAGUCGUGGUGGACCGAAGCAGAUCCUAGGGUGGGGUUUCAGGUAUUUGGCCCCACAUUGCAUGUGACAAGAGCGUACCAGUAUCAGACAGACUGUGGCUGGAAAAGUUCCUGAACUUAAGGCAAGCAAGGGUAUUUCAUUCAUGGCACUCAGCAAUUGCAUUUUUGCUUUUAUUACUAUAGACUUGGGAUUUUUGGCAUUCUAAUCCCUAUUUAGAAUUUAGACUCUUCUCUAUCUUAUUUGGUAGCACAAUAAUCAUUAGUUAACCGCCCACCUCUGCUUUAUAAACAGAACUUCUAUAUUAAUGUCAGGAAUAGAUUUAUUUUGCAUGUGUGUUUCUUUUCUCGUCUUAUUUCUUUUGAAGAUAUACUUACAUUAAGGUGAUUUCGUUCGGUAGCUGAGGUUGUCAUCUGUGCAAUGAAAACUUGACCUGUAUGUAGGUUGUUCGACCGGAAAUAUUAUGUUGAUCCUCCAUUUCAAGAUUGUGGGGAAGUUUUUGCAAUGGAAGUUUGUCGCGCAUUUAUUUUGUUCAAUACUUCCAUCCUGUCACUGUACACUGUGAAACCGAAUCAGAGCAUCACCUCUCAAAGACUGUUGUUUACUGUAGUUCGGCGGAGCCUGGCUUCGCUGUCUCAAUCCACUCAUUUAAUGUAACGAGGGGCGUGUGUGAAGCUUGAAGUCUGAACUAGAGCAUUGGUUUUCUGUUGCAGUCCGUAACACGGUCAACAUUCGCAUUGAGGACUACCACGCAAGACCUUUGUUCUGCAGACCUAUUACUAAACUUUAUACUGUAUGAACACACUCAAUGAACUCCAUGCAAUGUGAAUCAGAACACAUAGCCAAAUUGUGUAUUAGAUCAAAUACCUCAGGAUGGUUCUGUGUCGUUUUGUGUAACAUUUUCUCUGCACCACCGAAAGGCACAUUCAUGCAUGUUUCCCUCCACUCUGCUAUGGUUGUUCAAGGACUUCCAUUGCAGUCGCAUUUAUGCGAACAAUAGAGAGGGGAUCUUUCAGCCAUCUUUGAAACGAGCUUUAUGUUUACGAUUUCAGCGUUUGUUGGAUGUGUAUCGACAUAACCGUGUUAUAUGACUGCUGUAGCAGCUUCCACUCUCAUAUCAGACUUGCUUUCUUUGAACUUCCCCAAUAAUGUGACAUAAUUCACUGUACACUAAUCUUGAAUAUGUCAUCACUAUCAUAAUCAUGAACAUAUCCAUCAUAUGAAGUGCUGCUUUAAGGAGCUAAUGUGCGUAUGCACAUGUAAAAUAUCAAGGUCUUGUAAUCAUAUAUGCCAUACAUAGUUUUUACUCUUUGCAACUUGUUUUUCAGUUAUUUUUUCACCCUUGUAAUAACCCCAGUCUUUAAGGAAAAUGUAUUUUGAUUACAUGAAUUAUAAUAAUGGCAUGCAACUCAAUUGUAACUCUUUCUAUGUUUUUGUUAUGAUGUUAUGAUCACAAAUUCUUUGUAACAGGGUGCAAAUAUAGCAUAUAUAUGGAAAGAAAAUGAUCAUUCAUAUUGCAGAGCUGCUGUUUUGGGGAAAUAAGCAAGGUAUUAGUCUCUAUGAUUAAUCACAGGGCCACAUCUGCAUUGAUUUCAUAUCUUUUGCGAGGCGAGGUGAAUAUACUUGCUCUUCCUCGAUUAGCAGGUGAAAACAUCACCAGCUAUGCUUUCUGUCCCUUACCUGUCACAUAUAGCCAGAUUUAACCUGUAAAGAGAGAGAGAGAGAGAGAGAGAGAGAAAAAAAAAAAGUCUGCUCUUUUCGGGUCUGCUAUCCCUCCAAAGAUAUGACGUCUUCUUGAUUUUCUCUAUUAUCUAUGGUUUGCUGUAAGAAUAGAGCUUUUUUUAAUUCCUCAAAGACUUAGCAACUAUUUUGAAUAUAAGACACUUGUAAAUUGCUUGUAAAUUCAUAUUCAAAUAAUUCAUGAAAGUUACGAUGAUACAGAGUAAACAAUAUUUUUUGUGUGGGUUUCACAGGUCUGUACAGUAGCACUCGUUUUCUGUAGCAUAUGUACAAAAAAAAAAAAAGACAUCACUCACAAGGUCUGCAUUGAAACGUCACCUUUCGAGAUUUCAAAGUCUCCAUGCAGUUUGUUAUCAGGGAUUGUAGCCCUGCAGUUUUUGUAAGCUUGAACAUUUCGGGGCUGGGGUGAGGGUAUACGGGUUGGGGCUACAGGCAUUGAGGCAGAUUUUUUUCUAAAUACUGUCAAUCCACUUGAAGGUGAGCUUGGAUCAAUCAGAUCAAUGUAAGGAGAACUGGCCUCUUUGGUUCAUAGACAUUCGUACGAAUCCAUCCUGCUCAUGAACCAAAGCUCUGCGGCCACUCUGGCGUGUCGUUUAGACCGCCAAACUUCUGGGAUUUUUACACAAAAACAUCUUGAAAACCAAAAUGUACUUUUUACUUCAUCAUUCUGUUUUUGUCGAAGGUUAUCGUAGGCGGUCAGAUGUGUCGGGCGGAACAGCGCAGGUCAGGUAUUGAUUGCAAAUGGAAACAGAUGAACUGCGUGGGAUUAUUUUAUGUAGCAGUUUUUGGCUAGGCAAAAGCCAUCUGUAGUUUAUUGAAAAAUCUAUUAUAUUAUAUUUUUGGUUUAUUUACCUUUUCAUAGAAUAGUACGCAAACGUGAAUUUAAAGUAGCUCAGAUGCUGAUUAUUUCCAUAAGACGAGCUAGACUAGGCAAAGUAGUUGAGGAAGUCAACAAUGGAGGAUUUUGAAGUGUAAAAAAAAAAUUAGUACUUUCUCAAUUACACCAUUUAAGGGUUAAUCUGUUUUGUCCUUCAUGUUUGUUACACUCCACUUCUUUCAGAAGAGAUGUGUGUUUGUGCACGUUUAUCUGUGGAUCAUGAAGAGAGGGAAGUUUUAGGAUCAGCGGCCAAUGGCAAUAUGCUGAAUAUUUACACUUUAAAAGUCUUUGCAGAUAACAGAGACACCUCCAUCACCACAAGUUUGUCUCUUUUAGAGACAACCCAUUAGACUAAAUGAUACAUACAGAACCAAUUUUCUUUCCCUUUAAGGCGAAUUUUAUGACCGCGUAGGGCAGAAUAUCAAAAAGCGAGACAGUUACUUAACACGACAAUAGAUCUCUGCAUCCACAUGGAAGACCAUUCGAAAUCUAUUCUUUCCCAAAUUGAUAUUUUGCCAAGUGCAGUGUAGUAAGAACAAUAGGCCCUUUUGGCUGCCAGGCAAGCUGGUGUACUGUCACUGCAUCAUUGGCUGUGUUCCCAUUGAGGUAGUUUCAAGGAGAAAUCACCUCAGCUCAAAUUACAUCUGCCAGAGCCACACAAGGCACGGUGAGAAGGGGCAGGUGGCUAAAGACAGGAGCGAGAGUCCUCAUGCAUGACUGUGUCGACUGCAGCUCGCUCCCUUUCGUUCUCAGGCCGCUUUAUAACCCUCAGGAAGACGUUUGCAGGGGCAAAAAUGGCAGCUUGGAAACAACUUGGAAAUUCUCACUGUCAGUCAUGCGGCUCUUUCAGCAAUGGCAUUUUUAUCAUCGCGUUACUGACAUGAGGAUUAUCUUCGCUCACCUUGAGUUUUAAAAAUAUUUCAUUAUUUUAAUAGGGAAUCAAAAUGAAAGGUGGCAAAAAAGUUUUUUUUUUUUUUAUUCUUUAUUUGGUUGUUUGAGUUUGAGCACAGAGCUGCUUGAAUACUUGCACUUAUUAAAGGAAAAAGGAAUGCUGCCUUCCCUGUAAAAAUGACGAUUUUGAUCGUAGCAGACUCGCAGUAGAAAGAAACAUUUGUUUGAAACGAAUCACUUGUGUUUCCUGUUUAAUAAUCACUCUUGUGAGCUUUGCAUUCAUAUUUUAUGUGGUUAAAAGUAGAAAUUAUUUUAGAACAGUGUUUUAUACUGGGACGGGUGGGGAUUGUCAUGUGACUAUAACCUAUUUAUCACUGAAACCAUGUGACCUGCUGCCUAAAUGUUCUUUUAUAAUGAAGCAUUAUCACUUGUGUGCGUACUGAAAUGUCUUAAGAACUUUUUAAAGUAAGUUGGAAGUAUUCGCUUACAUAAAGCUGACACAAACUUGCAUAAAUGAAAUCAUUUCUGCUAUUGGCAAAUUGCAUGAGAAAGUACUAAUUCAUUGGAGCGGUUUGAACAUAUCUCCUGUUCUCUCUAAAGUACAUUUCUUUUAAAGUAUUGUGUUCAGAAUUGUUUUUCAUUCUCUUCUUUUUUUAUGUGUACGUAGAUCAUAUUAAAGGAACAGGUCUGAUAUGUGACUUGUGAAAUGUCAAUACAAUGUGGUUGCAGGACGUGUGCUGGGUUACAAGAUGUAAAAACAUGUAUAUAAGUCAAAGUUUCAUUUUUCUAAUAAAGGCUCUUUCUGCCACUUUAUAUGA